UUAGAGCUCCCUAGUUACCCCACAUGGUAACCCGCCAGUCCCAACUGGAAAAACAAACCGGACGGGACAGAGCAAGACGGGCCGUUAUUGUGAACUGCGUGCCGGACAGCUACCCGUGUUUACCUGCUCGAGUUGUUUCGCAAACUGCAGCAGCUAUGAAAAUCGAAGAAGUUAAAAGCACGACUAAGACUCAGCGUAUCGCGACCCACAGCCAUGUGAAGGGGCUGGGCUUGGAUGAAAGCGGCAUGGCGAAGCAGGCAGCAGCCGGCCUUGUCGGGCAGGAGAACGCGAGGGAGGGCUGUGGGAUUAUAGUGGAACUAAUCAGAGCGAAGAAAAUGGCCGGGAGAGCGAUAUUGCUGGCUGGACCUCCAGGAACUGGAAAAACUGCCCUGGCUCUGGCUAUUGCUCAGGAGCUCGGUAACAAAGUGCCCUUCUGCCCCAUGGUGGGGAGUGAGGUGUACUCCACAGAGAUCAAAAAGACAGAGGUGCUGAUGGAGAACUUCAGGAGAGCUAUAGGCCUGCGUAUCAAGGAGACGAAGGAGGUGUACGAAGGGGAGGUGACAGAGCUCACUCCCUGCGAGACGGAGAACCCCAUGGGGGGCUACGGAAAAACCAUCAGCCACGUGAUCAUCGGACUCAAAACCGCCAAGGGAACCAAGCAGCUCAAGCUGGACCCCAGUAUCUACGAGAGCCUGCAGAAGGAGAGGGUGGAGGUGGGGGACGUCAUCUACAUUGAGGCCAACAGCGGGGCAGUCAAGCGGCAGGGCAGGUGUGAUACCUACGCCACGGAGUUCGACCUUGAGGCUGAGGAGUACGUGCCCUUACCGAAGGGAGACGUGCACAAGAAGAAGGAAAUCAUUCAGGACGUUACCCUGCAUGACCUGGAUGUGGCCAAUGCCAGACCGCAGGGUGGCCAGGACAUUCUCUCCAUGAUGGGACAAUUGAUGAAACCCAAGAAGACUGAAAUCACAGAUAAGCUGCGAGGGGAGAUCAACAAGGUGGUGAAUAAGUACAUUGACCAGGGGGUGGCGGAGCUGGUUCCGGGGGUGCUGUUUAUAGACGAGGUGCACAUGCUGGAUAUCGAGUGCUUCACCUACCUGCACCGCGCCCUCGAGUCCUCGCUCUCACCCAUCGUCAUCUUCGCAACCAAUCGGGGGAACUGCCUCAUCAGGGGUACAGAGGAUAUCCUUUCCCCCCACGGGAUCCCGCUAGAUCUGCUGGACCGGGUCAUGAUCAUCCGCACCAUGAUGUACACUCCCCAGGAGAUGAAGCAGAUUAUUAAAAUCCGCUCUCAGACAGAAGGGAUCAGCAUCAGUGACGAUGCCUUGAACCUCCUGGGGGACAUCGGGACAAAGACCACGCUGAGGUACGCGGUGCAGCUGCUGACUCCAGCCAGCCUCCUUGGAAAGAUCCACGGGAAGGAUGGGAUUGAGAAGGAGCACGUGGAGGAGAUCAGCGAGCUGUUCUACGAUGCCAAGUCCUCCGCCAAGAUCCUGGCCGACCAGCAGGACAAGUACAUGAAAUAGCAAGCCCCCGCGAGCCUGCCUUCUAUUAAAUAAACACCCCAGAGACUCACAGCUCAGAGCAAUCCCCCCCCCCCCCCCCCCGCAGAGACUCAUAGUUCAGAGCAACACCCCCCAGAGACCCACACUGCAGCAGCAACCCCAACGAAUACUCUGCUGUUUUUUGUUUUGUUUUUUGCAGUGGUAGUCGAUGUUAUCUGAGAUUCGUCUCUGUUUGUAGUUUGGGGUCUCAUCUCUUUCAUAUGCAAGCUUUCAAAUUUGCCUACCUGGCAUUUCCACUGUGUUAAAAGCUGAGGCUGGUGUUGCAACAAAUGAGAGUUAAAAUAAAUAUAUAAAAUCGUCUCCAACUGCAGCGGCAUCAAGGGUUAUUGUAAUGUGCUGUUUGAGAUUCGCUUCCGGAGGCCUUUCUAUGUGUAACACAUUUGUACGACUUUGUUAAAUUAAAAUUUUGUGUUAUAUUGUUUUUCAUGUUAAGACAAAAAUGCAACUUUUUUAAAAUAAACCGAAUGAACUACAUUCUGCUGUC